AUGAUUAUUGACUUAACAAAUGACGAAAAAGAAUUAAGAAAAAAUACAUCUUCAUUAUCCUCAAUUCAAUGUGCUAUUUGUCUUGAUUCACCAAAAGAUUUGAGUGCAACUCCAUGUGGCCAUUUAUUUUGUUAUGCAUGCAUUCAUCAAGCAUUAUCAAGUGCAGGUACAACUUGCCCUAUUUGUAGACAAAAAGUAUCACGACAACGAAUUCUUGCUCUUGAAGUAAUGCUUGCACCAGAAACCAGUGAAUACCCAAGCAAAAAUAAAGAGAUAAGGCAUGUUUAA